CAAUAUAAAGUGGCUUUGCUUUAGUACUCCUUUAAUGUUUAUCGUAAUUAGAUAACGAUACGUUUGUUAAAAAAGUAAAAGAAAUUGAGAUCUUUGUUCAUCGUGAGUUUAGACAAAAUUACAAAUUAUAAUACAAAUUUUUUGUGAUCAUCUGGUAUUUGUUCACGGAUCAACGUAAAAAAAAAAAUAACAAAUAAUGCCUGCCGCACCUAGUUCUACAUCGGUCGGAGCCGCGGGACGAUCGCCUAGCAAAGCUAUAGCACCUAGAGCAGGUGGUGGUGGUACUGUUAGACAAAGGAGAACUACAACAACUACUUCAACUAGGAGUAAAAACACUGGAGUUGGUUCUGAUGGCAUGUGGAGGUUUUAUACGGAUGACUCUCCUGGCAUCAAAGUAGGACCUGUGCCUGUACUUGUUAUGUCUCUCCUUUUCAUUGCAUCUGUGUUUAUGCUUCACAUCUGGGGCAAAUACACUAGAUCUUAAGAAUGGAAAUAGAUUCUAAUUUAUGAAGGAACUGAAGAAACUGAAAAGUCCUGUGCAGUGCAAUGGAAAAGAAUGAAGAAAAUCUAAGUUUUAAAUACUUUCUAAGUGGAAGAUCAGUAUGCCUUGUAAAAGUUUGCUACAUUUUAAUCUUAUUUCUGAAUUGAUUCAAGAGAAUUGGGGCACUGUGUAUUAUAAGUUAUAUUUCCAUUAAAUGGAUCUCUACAUUUUUCGUCAAGAUGUAAGACCAAAUUUUACCGCGCGAUCAUAAAUACUUAUUGUAAUCAUUUAUUUUCAUCAAACUGAAUUUUGUAACGUUUGUAAGAGGAUACCUCGAAGUUAAUUGUACGCACGCAUCAUGCGUGAUUGAGAUAAGACAUACUAGUUAUUGUUUGUAAAGUUACUAUUAUGAUAAUAUAAUGUACAAUAUUAAAAUAAAUUAUUCUU